GCCGGUCCCCGAGCCCUGCUGAUGAUGCUGCACGCCCUCUUCGGCGCAGGGUGGGUCCACCACCUGAUGUGGUGCGGUGCUUUUGCCCUGUCCCUGGUUGCGGGCAUGCCGACGCCACUCGGGCCAGCGGAUGGGGUUCUCACGACGCAAUGCGGCAUCACCUUGACGAUCAUUGCGCCGGGACCUUGGCGGGUGCAGUGCCCAUGGAGUACUUGGACGCCCAUCGCCUGGACCUUUGCUCGGUGUAUGGGCUGUUGGUGGCGCGCCGGUUCAAUGGCGUUCAUCCCAGAUGUCACCCACGUGCCGGCCAGCAGUUACCUAACCAUAGGCCCGCCGGCCUGAUGGACGCGGGGCUGCCCUCCCUUGACGGCAUCAUGGAGCUGGAUGUCCCGACUCUCUGGCAUGUCCCUCAUGUUGCUCGGGGUGCGUGGGCACAAUGCUUGGCCAGAGCCGCCAGCGCCGCUGCUGUUUCCAACACAGUGCCAGCUUGGCAAGAACUCCUCAUGCUGCCAAAAGCAGUUCUGGUGGCGCCAAUCCGUGGCGGUGCCCGCCACCAUCAGCAAGCUGCCCUUGCCACGUUGCGCCGCUAUCAGCGAUGGCUGGCUGGUGAAGGAAUGGACUUAUGGAAGCAACUUCGGGCUCGGCCCAUGGCCACUCGCUCAACCGCUAACAGUACCACUGCUACCCAGCACUCUCGAUGCUGUGCUCUGGCGGCUGACGGGGAAUUAUUACGUGCAUGUGCGGCCUUGACUGAGCCCGCCCCACUACCUCCUUCACAGGCCACCUUCGAGCAGCUGUCCGCCCAUCACCCUCAGAGCGCAAUGCCUGACGUCAGUCGGCUUGGCCCUCCCCGGCCAGCUGCGGUGCCAGAAUUCUCGAGUGAAGCUGUCACCCAUGAAGCUUGCAGGAGCCUCGAUGGUCGGUACACGUCUGAUUGGCCUUCUUCUGUGCAGGCGGCGGCCGCGUUUGAUGCUGCCGUCUUUGCUUCCGAUCAUUUCCAUGGAGUUCACCAACCCCGGCAGCAAACCUUGUCGGCGGCCUUGGACAAGGCCCAGCUUGCUCAGCUUCAGGUGUCGGCCGAAGGAGCAUCCGAGCGGGCGCACCUUCAACUUCUUCAACAACCGGGCAUCGGGGCGUGGCUGCUGGCCCGGCCUUCGAAAGCCCUUGGGCUUCACCUGGAUGCUGCCUUUUUUCGCGUGCUUCUCCGCAUGCGGCUCCGUGUUCCCGUUGCAAGCUCUGAUGGCUAUUGCCCCUUGUGCGACGGGAUCGCGGACCGCUUCGGGGAUCAUGCUCGGGCGUGCCCUUGCGGCGGCGAUCGCACGAAGCGCCACAACCGCCUCCGGGCGGUCGUCGCUGGACUCAGCCCUGAGGUCGAGAAACAAGGCUUGUUGCCUCAACGGCCGGAGGAGCGUGGGCUAGUGAAUCUGGCAGACGCUGCGACCCGUCACAGCGACGGCCGGCUGAUGUUUACAUCCCUGCAUGGGGGGCCCAUGGGCCAGCAGCUUUUGAUCUCGCCGCCACGAGUGGCAUGCGAGGCUCAGUGCUUCCCGUCUCCGCUGCUUGUGGUCGGUCUGCUGCCACCAACUACGAAGGGAGAAAGCGAGCCCUCAGAACACGGAGCAGCACUGCCACGGCCAAGGCCUCCAGUUCGUGCUGUUGAGCAGCUGCUUCAAGCCUUGUCUGUGGCCUUGCAGCGAGAAAACGCAAGAGCCGUGCUCCGGCGCUGCUUGCCCCCAGCAGAAGACGCCUCCUGCUUCGCAGAAGGUUUUUCGCAGGCAAGUGACGCGACAGCCCUUUUGCCACGGCAGUUGGGCACUUUGCAUUCCAAUCGCGUUGCCCUGCUGGCAUCGCUGACUUUGCCUGCUUGCGUGGGAAUGAAUCGCAAUGCCUUUGACUUGCCUGCUCAAGUUGAUAGGGGGUGGCAGACCAUGGCGACGCUUGGAUCCGCGGCUUAUUUCCUGCUGAAAGGGGCUGGUGGCGUUUCUCACAAGCUGGUUGGACGAAUAGUGGAGGCUAGCGAAGAUUCUGUUGUGGUGGCAUUAUUGAGUUCAGAAGUCCCAGCUGGCAUCUCCCAAAUUUUGACCGUGCCUGCAGCCAGCUCACAGCCCAGUUUGACUUUCUUGAGGAUAGCCACCAGUGAUUUCUCUUCAGUGACCCCGGCAGGAUGGCCCGCUGCAAGUCACCUUCCCAAACAAGCCAUUUGCUUGGCUGCUUGGCAAGGCCUCGAAGAUCCUUCUUUGGUGAGCAGCGAAGCCGAGAAACCAGUGGCGAAGGUCAAAGGAGUUUCCAAAACAGUGCAAGAAGAUAUGGCCCGGCUUCGCAAGACUCUCACCCCAGACUCCGACGAAGACACAGAAGAGUCCUCAGAGGAUGGCGAAGGGGGUCUCCCUUUUCCCAAGACCAUUGGGUUGCUAGCCCCGGGUGCCAAGGGAGCAAUCACUUCCAAAAUGGGGGUCGAGCCGAAGCCAAAGAAGAAGGAGACGGAUCCUUCCGCCGCCCUCAUGACUAUGAUGGAGCAAGGGUUGGCUCAAGGCCAAAGUCCCGCCGACCUGAUGCCUAUGAUGAUGAUGAGCUUCAUGCUGAACCAGCAGACCCAGCAAGGCCGCAAGGGGCGCAAGUCGUCGGCAAAAAGCAGCGCUUCCACCGACCAUGGUGGUUCCAGCUCCGAGAGCGACAGCGACAGCGAUGCCAUCUCUGGAAAAGGGAUGAAAGCUGUGGUGACACUCCAUCGCCUGCACCGGCGGAUCAAGCGUCGGCCAGGCAGCAUCUGCAAGAAGUUCGAGAAGGAGAUCACCACCGAGUUGGGGAUUGUGCCCGGCCAGCCUUGGACUCUUCGUCAAUGGCUGGCCAAACAGCCCUGGGGGAAGUUCCGUGGAAUCUACAGGUGCGCAAUCCAGGAUGCCAUUGCCUACGAAUAUCUACGCAACGGUCAGCACGAAGUGGCGGCUGCUCAGCUAGCUCAGAACAUGAAGUCGAAGAUCCAAAGUGUGCUGCAAGGUGGGGACUGGAGUGCGGCCUGGCUUCUGACAGGCAUAGCCGACCCACUCACGAAGAAGGAGUGGGGAGGAACGCAGGAGGAGAUGGCCGUAGUCAGCGAGUAUGUCAACGCCUUGGCCAAGCUGAAGAAGAAAGUGAAAGAAGCCAAGGAUGCCAGCCAGGCCGAGGAGGGAGAUUAG